GAGAGAGAGAGAGAGAGAGAGAGAGGGAGGCCGAGAACGACUGCACUAAAUAGGGGGGCCUUUAAUGUUUCGAUGUUUGAGAACUAAAAAAAAAAGUUACUUUUUAUUUAUAGCUUGGAAAGGAAAAAAAAUAGGAAGAAAGCCAUCUCCUUCGCUGCCAUCUCUGAGAGCAGUUCACGUGAAGCCAUUUCAAUGCUCAGCGAUCGCCGAGUCCCCUACCGAGCUCGCUCGGUGGAGUCUUUCCCUUUCCUGGAGAAGCUAUGUGACUCGAAGGAGAAGCCAUCCUUUUCUCUCAUACAUGGCGGCUUUCGAUUCAUUGGAGAGUAACAUCUCACCGCAUUGAUUGUCAUUUACUUGUUUCUUUACUCUUUUGCUGGUACUCGUCUCCAUGGAGUCAGAGACCAUCUCUCCGAGGUGUUUGCUUCUUUUUCUCUUCUUCUUCUGUUUCCUUCUUGCUCACAUUUCUUCUAGUAGAGCUAAAUCUAGCGACGCGGAGGCCCUUUUAGCUUUGAAAGCCUCCAUUGAUCCCUUGGACGCCAUCCCGUGGCGGCGAGAGGCCUCGCCGGAGCUCUGCAAUGGGUGGUAUGGUGUCAAGGAGUGCGCUCCUAAUGGGAGGGUCACCAAGCUUGUGCUCGAGUUCCUCAACCUCACCGGCACUCUAACGACGGAGAUCCUUGCUCCCCUCGACCAGCUCCGUGUCCUCAGUCUCAAGUCCAACUCCCUCUCCGGCGCCAUCCCCGACCUCGCCCCUCUCCCCAACCUCAAGUCCCUCUACCUCAGCGACAACCGCUUCUCCGGCCGGAUCCCGGCCACCCUUGCCGCCCUCCAUCGCCUCAAGAUAAUUGUUCUCUCCAGCAACCUCCUCUCAGGCCCCAUUCCAGGGGCAUUCGCUGGAAUCCCCCGGCUGUACACCCUCUGGCUCCAAAACAACCUCCUCACAGGGGAGAUCCCGCCCUUCGACCAGCCGAGCCUCCGCUACCUCAACCUCUCGAACAACAAUCUCUCUGGCGAAAUCCCAGCCACCGAAGCCCUCGCCCGGUUCAAUCUCUCUUCGUUUCUCCACAGUCCCAGCCUCUGCGGCUCCCAAAUCAAGAUCCCCUGUUCUAAAAAUGCGAUCUUUCCGCCCUCCAGCAGUCCAGAAUCCUCCACUUCUUCUGCCACCAAUGCCUUCCCCCCUCAUAUCGCUUGUAAUCACAAAAGAAGCAGCAGAAUAAGACUCAUUGCCAUCGUCGCCGGCUCCAUUGCUGGAGUUCUAGUCCUGUCCACUUGCUUAGCAUUAGUGGUAUGCUUGGUGUUUAGAAGAAAACAGCAAAAAGUAGCAGGGGGCAGUAGAACUCGGGGAGUUGGAGCGGACAAGUCCUCAGAAGAAGAAGGCGGCGGCGGCGGCGGCGGAGGAGGAGGAGGAGGAGGAGUGGAAGGUGGCGACGCCGGCAGCGGAGGAACGAAGCCGGGGUUCUCGUGGGAAGAGGAGGGACUCGGAAAGCUAGCGUUUUGUGGGGGAGUCGGGGAGAUGUAUAGCUUGGAGGAGCUGCUGAAGGCGUCGGCGGAGACGCUGGGGAGGGGUACGGUGGGGAGCACGUACAAGGCGGUGAUGGAGUCCGGGUUCAUCGUGACGGUGAAGCGGCUCAAGGACUCGGCCCGGCCGAGGGUGGAGGAGUUCCGGCGGCGGAUGGAGGAGCUCGGCUGCCUCCGCCACCCCAACCUCGUGCCCAUCCGGGCGUACUUCCAGGCCAAGGAGGAGCGCCUCCUUGUUUACGAUUACUUCCCCAAUGGCAGCCUCUUCUCCCUCAUCCAUGGAUCUCGGCCUUCUGGAAGUGGGAAGCCUCUCCACUGGACGUCGUGCCUAAAGAUCGCCGAGGACGUGGCCGCCGGCCUCGUCUACCUCCACCAAUCCUCCCCGCCCGUCGUCCACGGCAACCUCAAGACCUCCAACGUCCUCCUCGGCGCCGACUUCGAGUCCUGCCUCACCGACUACGGCCUCGUCCCCUGGCUCCUCCCCUCCCCCGACGACGACCACCACCUCCCCUCCUCCUCCUCCCUCUUCUACCGCGCCCCGGAGACCCGCCACCCCCGGUCCCGCUCCUUCACCCCCCAUUCCGACGUCUACAGCUUCGGCGUCCUCCUCCUCGAGCUCCUCACCGGCAAAACCCCCUUCCACGACCUCGUCGAGGAGCACGGCGCCGACAUCCCCCGCUGGGUCCGCUCGGUGCGCAAGGAGGAGACGGAGUCCGGCGAGGAUCCUGUCUCCUCCGGGAACGAGGCCUCGGAAGAGAAGCUGGCGGCGCUGCUCAACGUCGCAAUGGCGUGCGUCGCGGUGGACGCGGAGCGCCGGCCGACCACCAAGGAGGUCCUCAGGAUGAUCCGGGACGCUCGAGUGGAGGUCAUCGUGUCGUCCAACAGCAGCGAGCAGUCGCCCGGCCGGUGGUCGGACACGGUGCAGAGCUUGCCGAGGGACUACGGCUCCGAACAUUUGAAUUUUGGAGAGAGGGAUUGACUCGGGGUUUCGCUUGGCUUUUAAAAUGAUUCUUCUCCUCAACGGUCAAGUUCCAGAGUCACUGAAGUUUGGUGUGGUGUGGUGUAAAUCUUGAGAUUUUAGAGAUUUUAGAUCAUUUUUUUCCCCUUCAUUUGUCUUCCUAUUGGAGUCUGGGCCUCCUCUGUUCUUUAUGACACAGUGGCUGUUUGAUUUC